AAUGCUCUGAUGACGGGGACAGGGAGUCAGGGAGCCCAUUAGUAAGCCCUCUGCCACUCCAGCCAGGGCCACAGAUUACACAGAUCUCAGAUGGCAUCGUGGCCAACUCCUCAGAAAACAAAGGAUCUCACCCGGACCUUCCCGAGACGCCCCUGGAAUGCCCACAGUCCCCCGCCAUUGAGAUCCACCCUCCUGCGUUGAGCUCAGUGCCAGAUCAGGGUGGAGCCCUGGGAGGUCCCCCCCCGGGGGCUGAGGAGGAGGACGAGGAGGCCCUAUUGGCCCUGGCAAGACCUCUGGGCGAGCAGCCUUCCGACGGACAACCCGGAAAGGCUUUGGACCCCUUUGGAUCAGAUGAGGCCCAAAGUGAGGACGCUGUGGACCUGGAGCUGGAACAGCUCUACCUCACCCACCUGAGCCGCCUGAGGGCUGCAGGAGCGGCCGAUGGGCUUUCUGGGGGAAUCCUUUUCACUGACCAUGACCAAGAUCUCCUGAAGUGGAUGGGUCCAGAGAGAGCCUUGAACAGCUCUCUGGUGGAGGAGAUCACUCUGCACUAUGCAAUGCAGGGUGUACAUGGAGCCACAGACCUUCCGGAAGACGCUAAAGAAGGUGGCGGAGGCGGCAAGAUCGAGGAGCUGGGGACCUCUUGUGAGGCAGGGUCCGAGUCGGAGUCGGGGUCGGGGUCGGAGUCGGAGUUGGAAUCAUCAUCUGGGGAAGGAGACAUCCUGAAGGAAUCCCCUCCGGGCAUCGUCACUGGCACGUGGCUGGCAGGCCAGCAUCCGGGGUUCAUCUUAGUAAAGGAUGGGCUCAGUCAGAGCCCGGAAGAGCAGAAGGAGCAGAAGGAGCCAGAGGAUCCCGAUCAAGAACACGGUCCAGUCAGUGUCACCAAGGCUGAAGGGCUGUCUUUCUGCCUCCAGGAAGGAAGCAGUCUUUUGCCCAGUAGCACAGCCCAAGGCGGAGGCCAGCUCCAGAGAGCUCUCAGCCAGUCGCUGUGUGUGUUGGGCUUGUUGGUCUUCCUCCCCAUUGCCUGGAACGCCUGCAUGGCCUUUGUGGGCCUGGCUUUUUACCUCUCUCUGGCCUGGUUCUCUUAAAUGACAAUCAAUGUAUGUGGGCACAGGCGUGGCUGUGGAGGCCUAACAAUAAGAGUUAC